CUCAGAGUAGGAAAAGUCCAAAAGAUAUUAAUAAUUCAUUUUUUAAUAUUUUAUUUAUAUACAUUAUUCUAAAUUAUUAUAUUUGAUAUAUUUAAAUUUAAAAUCUCUUAAGCGGCAACACUGUUCUAUACAAACAAUGGAGAGGAGAUUCGUGGUUUACGGCGUUACUUUUCAAAAUCUCAUAAAUAUGAUUGAAUAGCUAUUGUAAUGAUUGUAAUUAUUAGCAUGUAAAAUGUCGUUGACAAACGAUGUAAUUUAUCGUCAGAGUAGUUCAGAAUUGUUGAAUCCCGAUCAGUCAUCUACAAAUAGCCAGUGCCGUUUAUAUGCAGACGACGAAGCAUUUCAUGAUUAUUUACCUAACGUGGUCAGCUGUAAUCACGAAAUGUUAUCUGGCACUCAGCAAUGCCAUCAAAUAGAUAAAUAUAACGAAGAGAAAGACGAAUACGCGGAUGAAAUUAAAUGUCAGAUUGCAGAAGAAUGUGAAUUUGACGUUUCUGCUGUAGGGAAUGAUCAAGAGAGCUCCGAAUCUCUUUCAUCCAGCGUAUCUAUGAGUGAUUCUGAAGAUUCAUUAAACAUUUCGGAAUCAGAAUCAAUUACUGAUGUUACUCCUCUCCAUUCACCAUAUUGUCAUAGUCCAUUGCCAAAAAACAAAUCUGAUGCUAGAAAUGUCUCAAUGGAUGUAGAAUUGCAUCAGUCAGAAAAUGAAAAUUCCUCAUUAAUUAAAUUUCCAGCUAGCAUUCCAAAGGCAAAAGAUUAUCCUAAAACAGCAUUUGUACGUAGAUCCAUGAUUGAGAAUAAAACUUUAGAUAUGAAUGAAUUAUUAGAUGCUGUCAAACAAUUAGAAACUCAUCAAAGGUCUAGGCUUAUAAGACCAAGAAAUUGUGUAACCCCGCCGUUGACUAGAAGAAGAAAAUGUGUUUCUUUCUCGAAUGAUGAAAUUUGCAAUAUUGAUCAAGAAAAUCAAAGAUUAUUUAAGAAAUUAAUAUCCAUCCAUUCGAGAACAAAAUCCAAAUACCAUUCUCAGACUAGGACACGUCAAACACCAUCGCUUAUACCUAGACGCCGGCCACAACAAACAAUUGAAAUGGAAAAUCGAAUUUACCGAAUGAUGAAGACCGAAAGUACGGUCGAAAACGUUUGUUUACUAUUAAAUUGUUUACUACUGGACGUUUAAAGGUUUUGGAGUGUUAAUUUAUAUGCUUUCCAGUAUUCAUGUAAGAAGAUUUUAAGUUUAAUAUUUUAUAUUUAAUCAAAUUUAUUGAAAAUAAAAUGCUUUGUUAAUUUAUUUUAUUAUACACAUUUAAUAUUGAAUAAAUAAUGUGGAUAUUGAGAUCUAAAUGAGUUUU